UGUGCAUCCAGAUUUUUUUCUCUUCUGGGUAUUGUACAGAACUGUCGUGUCUUACUAUUUCACAAGAAUACUUUAAAUAUCAUCUACAGAGCAUCCGACGUUACAGGUGAUUACUUGAAAUGUUACCUGAGAAAUCGACAUCGAGUCAAAUAAUGCUGAAAUAUUCAGAGAUUAUUGUGAUUAUGUCACAGUGUUGGGGAAGGACCAAAACGCUCGCUGAGUUCUUGUUCCUAUGGAAACGAAGAGGAAGUGUUUUUUACGAUAAUCACAAGCCUGUAGGCUCUUAAGUAGCUAGAUAAACUAGAAAUAACUAGAAAUAACUACCACCUUAGAAGCCAUAAUGUGUUUACUGUCAGCUGAAUCCAGAGGGCUUAAGCACAGUGUGCUCUAGACAGCCAUAAUUAGAAGGCACCUCAAAGAUCCACUGCACAGAUCCACCGUCACAUCACCUCCCUUCGGAAAUGUAAAUGUUAUAGGGAUGAUCGCCAUUUCCACGAGUACAAUAAUACCGAGAAUCGGCUCGCUCUCUUCGCCCUGCCCAGUGUCGCUGCACUAGUUGUGGUGACCUUGGAAACAGACCUGUUAUCUGCUCGCUUCAUGCACACCUGACCUAGUCCGUGAUUUUUAUAAGAAUAGCACAGUAGACAUUACCAAUGCCGGUUUCUAACAAUAUGAGAUAUUAAAUACUAUCUUAAACGGUAUGACUACGCACCACAUAGUAAUUAGAAAGAAUUCUUGUUAAAAACGGAAAUAAGUCUUCGCCCGUCAACACUCCCCCCCCUCCCCCUGAGCUUGGCUGGCGCCUUGUCCACGCAUGCGCCGAGAAGCUCCGGAGCGUGUGAAUCAUCGUCAGCAUCAGCAGCGGGGAUGCGAGCGCCAGAGUGAUGGGACCCAAGUGAAGUACCAGCAGCACCGCCUCACUCUCCCGGCAGGUCAGGACAGGUGUGUAGGAUGGCAUCCUGCUCUGAGAUGUGCGGGUCAGAGUAUCAGAACAGUGCGGUGAAUGGGCAUCAGUAUGGCGUGCGCUCCUACCUGCACCAGUUCUACGAGGAGUGCACCGGCUCCCUGUGGGACAGAGAGACCGACUUUCAGACUCAGAGAUCGCCCAGCCGGUGGAGCUCUGUCCUCUGGAAGGUCUGUGUAGUGCUCGGUGGUCUGAUCAUGUUGGCCGGCCUGGUGGUGUUGUUCGUGGGCUACGCCACUCCGCCGCGCAUCGAGGCCUUUGGCGAGGACGAGCUGCUGUUUGUGGACGAGCGCGCCGUGCGCUUCAACCGCGCGCUGGACGCCUGCAAGCUGGCCGGGGCCAUCCUCUUCUGCGUGGGGGGAGCGGGCACGGCGCUGGGGCUGCUGCUGGCCGCCUUCACCCAGGCCAGCACCUCCAAGGAGGAGCAGCAGCUGCAGCAGCGCUUCAGGGACCGGCUGGCUGAGCUCCAGUCGGCCAUCCACCCCGUCACACGCGCACCCACGCCGGGAGACGCCAAGGUGCCCGUCACGCUGUCCAGAGUGCAGAGCGUGCAGCCGGGAACGGGAACGGGAACGGGAACCUGACCGGAGCAGUAGAUCGCACGAACAUGACACAGAUAACUCUCUCUAUAUCUCUCGCUCGACUUCCACGCACACACACAAACACACAAGCCCACACACAGACAAACAGACAUACGUGAACACAUGCACACACACACACAGCACUGUCCACAUCACUUACUUCUGCCUUAGAACUGCACAUACAGCUGUCUCAAACACAUCUCCCAUGGUCUUAUACACACCUGAUAACCUGCUGGCACACACACAUGCAAACACACUCACUCACACACACAGACCUGUCACGCCCAGACCAGCUCAUAUUGCUUAUUCUGAGUUGACGAGCACAUUUUACAUCUCACAUUGGCCAGUAUGAAACAGUCCUCAGUCCCUCAGAUGCAGUGCACUCACCUGAUAACCUCUAGUUUAAUGAUGUCGACAUACAGUAUUUACUGUAUACACAGCCCAUGUAUGGUUACAUUUAACAUACAUUACUACAGUGGGUUUUUAAAUAAUUUAAAGAAUUGACCGUUAUAGUAAAAACCAAGAUUAAGCUCCAAUACAAAAAAAUGUUGUGUAGUGCAUGUGGUUAUUUCUGAAGCCUCCCCUCCCCAGACUAUAGAUAUGUAUAUCCGUUCUGCUCAGCCCUGCAGGGAUGUGAUUACGUGAUUUGAUUUGACACGCGUCCGAUUUACGCCGGUUUGAAUGUUUGACCCCUACGGCACCUCCCCCGGGCUAGCAUAAGUUCCCUGUCAGCCACUCAGAGCUAACUCGCCCGAUUUAUACGGCAGCAGUGACCUCUGGCUUGUGCUGAAGUCCUGCCCAGGAGGGACAGAUGUGGCUUGGGUCCGGCCCAGAUCAGGGCCGACUCCGUUCCUGUCAGCAGCUGCCCAGGGACCCACGCCAAUCACACACAGUUUUAGGCUCAUCUUCCUCUCUCAUCAGCACCGAUGCCUCCUCCGUCAGCCUGCAUCUGGGUAGCUUGAAAUAGACUGGCGCAGUACGCAAGGUCCUGAUCUGUAGGGAGGACACGCAGUAGCUGAGUCAGCUGUACGAUCAGUUCACCCCAAACACUCCUCUCAAGCCAGUAUCACACAGCUGACGGAGGACAGGGUGAAGUCAGAGAGAUGCAGAAAAGUUCACCUAUUUUUUUUUCUGCUUCGUCAUAAAGCCUUCUCUUGAAGCCAGGAUUAAAGCCCAGAUCUGAGUAUGGAUAGGCAUGUCAGACAAGCGGAUGCGGAACAAACCCAUUCUUAACAUAACCGGGUGAAGCAUGUAAACGUUUGUGACGUUAGGGCCUGGUCAGUGUGUGUUUCACAUUGGCAGUGAUGAGGUAGUUUAUAAGGUGGAAAUAAUGUAUUAUCCUGUACCUACUCUAGAGAGAAUAGUCCUAUUACACUGGAUGGACACCUCUCUCUUCCUCACACACACACAGACAUAAAUCAACACACCCACACCAAACAUGGACAAAAUACCCUUGAAGUUUAACGUUGACUGGUUAUUGUAUUUUGAAGUAUUCAAAUUCAAUAUUCUACAGUUUAUUUCCCUACUCUGUGAUGUUCUGUGAAUUGUGCUACUGACUGUACACACUGUGUAUAUUGUCAUCUCAAAGUUCUAGUUUCCAGUAA